AUGAAAACUAUCAUUGCAGCCUGUUCCCAAAAUCUGAGUGGCAGCCGUGCCAGCCUCCAUGCCGCCCUGCGCACACUGCUGGCCGUGCCAUGGCCCUCACAGAGGGAUGUCCGUGCCUGGCUGCAGCUCCUUGCCGUGCUCCAGUGGGUGCUCAGCUUCCUGCUGCUGGGCCCCGUCACCCUGGUGCUGCUCCUCUACCUGGUGUUCACCCGCUUCUGGCCCAUCUCUGCUCUCUACCUGGCCUGGGUCAUCUUUGAUUGGGACACACCAGAGAAAGGUGGCAGGAGGCUGCCAUGCUUGAGGAGGUGGUCUGUGUGGAGGCAUUUUCGGGAUUAUUUUCCUGUGAAGUUGGUGAAGACACACGACCUGUCCCCCGGCCACAACUACAUCAUUGGCUCCCACCCCCACGGCAUCCUCUGCGUCGGUGCCUUCUGCAACUUCAUCACUGGCUCCACUGGCUUCUCUGAGCUGUUCCCAGGCAUCCGGCCCUUCCUCACCACACUGGCUGGCAACUUCCGCCUGCCCCUCUUCAGGGAGUACCUCAUGAGUGGGGGCCUGUGCCCAGUGACACGCCGUGCCAUCGGCCACCUGCUCUCCAAGAACGGCACCGGCAACGCCGUGGCCAUCGUCAUUGGUGGAGCAGCUGAGUCCCUCUCCUGCAGCCCCGGCGUCACCACGCUCAUCCUGAAGAACCGUAAAGGCUUCGUCCGCAUGGCCCUGCAGCACGGCGCCUUCCUCGUGCCCUCCUUCUCCUUUGGAGAGAAUGAGCUGUUCCGCCAGGUGGUGUUUGAGGAGGGCAGCUGGAUGCGGGCCGUGCAGCAGCGCUUCCAGAAGAUGAUGGGCUUUGCUCCCUGCGUUUUCUAUGGCCGUGGCAUCACCUCGGUGCGCUCGCGGGGCUUCCUGCCCUACGCCCGGCCCAUCACCACUGUAGUGGGGGAGCCGGUGACGGUGCCCAAGAUCGAGGAGCCGAGCAGCGAGGAGGUGGAUCUGUACCAUGGCAUGUAUGUGCGCUCCCUGCUCAAGCUCUUCAAUGACAACAAGACCAAGUAUGGGCUGUCAGAAGGGGAUGAGCUGCGCAUCGUGUGAGUGCUGUGGGUGUGGGGACGUGUGGCUGACGAGGCCCUGCCGCUCCCCCUCCUCCUCUUCCUCUCCUGGCACCCAAAGGCUGGUGGAUGCCCCAGAGGUACCACCCCAGGAUUGCAGUGAUGGGCACGGCCCCAUACAGUGACCAUGAGCGGAGGGAGGGCAUGGGGUGUCGUGAGGAAGAGGAGGGAGGUGGUAGGUUUGCAUCCCCAUGGCCGGGCUGCAGAGGUGUUCCCCCUUGGAGCAAAGGGAGGGACACUCAAGCACAGGGACCAGUGACAGUGGCCUCGAUGUGGUUGUUGGGUGAUAUCUCUCAUACAAAAUUUCUACCCCCUCAUCGUGUCCUGAGUGUGCUUUGGGGUGCUGGAUGGAUCAGGGCAGAGCAUGGGGGUGGGUGGAUGGGGUUUGGUGGCGCUGCAAGUAAUGGUGACACACUGACGGUGCUCUGGGAUCUCCUUCCCCAGGCAUGGGCUGGGUGUGCGCUGAGGGGCAGGGACAGCCCCAUUUAUGGGCUGACGUGGGAUGCAGCU